UCUAUUUACAAAGAAACAAAUGAGCAAAAAUAAGAAAUCCGCGCGUCAAGAAUAAAGUAAUGAAAAGCAUAAUGGAAACAAUGGAGCAAGGUGUUCUGGGUCACCUGAUGGCUUUAGAGAGGGGAGGUAUGGGACAGCAGGACCAGCAUGACUCUCAGAGGUUAGAGAUGCUCAAAGCCAGAGCUGUGACCCUCCGUGCCAAAAGAGAUCAAAUCAAACAACAGACAGAUGUGGUCAAGAUCCUGAAAGAUAAAAUCAGCAAAGAUCUUCCAUUGGAAGAUGAUGCUGCUGCAGCAGGCGGCUUCAUUGAACAACAGAAGUCUAUGUUAACAGCUUGGAGAAUGCAGUUGAAAGACCUUCAGCGUGCUCAUCACUUAAUUGGUGGCUAUGAAUUGGUGGAGUGUAAGGAAGGGAAAAGCGUGUGUGUGUCUUUUCACACGGCCUUUGAGGGUGUGUAUUUGGAGACGUAUAACAUGGAACUGGACCUGACGCGCACCGUGCAGAUCUCUCGCCAUAACAUCCCCCCGUCAUUCCCACUCGAGAGUUUCGCCAAACAGAACCUGCAGAAAGACUUUAAAGCCUUCCUGCAGACCCUCAGCCAGAACCUCAACGCUUUAGCUGCUCGCAGACGGCAGGUCUGCCUCCUCAAGGAGCUCGUUGGUUCGGUGGAGGUGAUGGAGAGCAAUCAGUUGUGCAAUAUUCUUGUGCUCAUGUGUACAGCACAAAGCGAGACUCCCAAAGCUGUUCUAUGCACACUGGAGUACGGCGAUCUCUCACAAUGUCUGCCAACACGAGUUAGCAUCGAGUGUGAAGGUUUCCGGGUUUUGAAUUUCAAAGUCAUUCGGUCACAUGAUCACUAUUGUGUCAGUAAAGAUGAAAGGUUGAACUCCAUUCAGAUCUCCAUUUAA